AUGUAUGAGGAAGAGAAAAAUUGCGCUGGAGACGUGGAGAGAGGAAGAGAGGAAGAGAGAGAGAGGAUGGAGAGGAAGGGAAGAAGUAAUUUAUGGCGUGGCCGGGGCGAACAGGCAAUCGCAUCGUCCCAACUUGCCGACUCAUCGACCGCCAUGGGUAAUCGACGACUCAGCGGGUCAUCACUGGGCGCUGCCUUGAUGCUCUGGGAUACAAACGCAGCAUCCCACGACGACUAA